UGUUAACUCACUUCAUAAGCACAAACUCUCUUUAUCUGAGAUGUUCCCUAUACUAAAAUCCAUAUGGAACUUGAAGAAUGGGAUUAUUAUUUUCCUAACACCUUUGAUUCUUCUUCCUCUCCCAGUUGCUGUCAACACAACGGAGGCCAGCUGUGCCUAUGUGAUAAUACUGAUGGCAGUAUACUGGUGUACAGAGGCUCUUCCCUUAGCUGUCACAUCACUGUUACCCGCUGUCCUCUUCCCCAUGCUUGGAAUAAUGCAAUCUAAAGUGGUGUGUAUGCAGUACCUGAAGGAUACUAACAUGCUGUUUGUGGGUGGUCUGAUGGUAGCCCUGGCUGUUGAACACUGGAACCUUCACAAGCGCAUUGCCCUCAGAGUGUUGCUCAUUGUUGGUGUGCGCCCAGCACUUUUGAUGCUGGGCUUUAUGGUGGUGACGGCUUUCCUAUCUAUGUGGAUCAGUAACACGGCCACCACAGCCAUGAUGGUCCCUAUAGUGCAGGCUGUGCUUGAGCAGCUGAACAAACAGGAGACAGAACUGCCUCAGAUGACCUGUGGUGAGGAGCGACCUCAGGACACAGAGUACAAACAGCAAGUAAAACACAGAGACAAAGAAGUGGUGGUGCGAAUGCUGGAUGUUUCUCCAGAGGCUGCUAAGCAACAAGAGUCUGUAGAAAAGAGGCUUAUGUCUAAAGGCAUGACUCUGUGUGUGUGUUAUGCUGCCAGCAUUGGGGGAACGGCAACACUCACAGGCACUGGCCCCAACCUCGUACUCAAGGGUCAAAUGAAUCAGUUAUUUCCUGAGAAUGAUGAUGUGAUUAACUUUGCCUCAUGGUUUGGCUUUGCCUUUCCAAACAUGAUCAUCAUGCUGACUAUAGCUUGGCUCUGGCUUCAGUUUGUUUUCAUGGGAUUCAACAUUAGGAAGACAUGGGGCUGUGGGGCGAUCAAGUCAGAGAAGGAAAUUGCUGCCUAUAAUGUGAUCCGGGAGCAGCAUCUUCUGCUAGGGCCCAUGUCAUUUGGAGAACUCAGUGUUCUGGCUCUCUUUAUUUUGCUUGUGGUGUUGUGGUUCACACGGGAUCCUGGAUUUGUGGCAGGCUGGGCAACACACAUUUUUAACACAGAUACAGAAUAUGUGACAGAUGCUACAGUUGCCAUCUUCAUUGCUGUGUUGCUUUUCAUUCUGCCAUCAAAACCUCCGCAGUUUCGCUUCUGGUCACCAACUGCUUCUGAAACAGAGCCUCAGCUCUCUCCUGCCCUCAGUCCAGCCCUGCUCACCUGGAAGGUAGCUCAGAAGAAACUCCCCUGGAAUAUAGUUUUACUCCUGGGUGGAGGAUUUGCUUUGGCUAAAGGUAGCGAGGAGUCAGGACUAUCCAGAUGGAUGGGAAACCAGUUGACUCCCCUAUAUAGUAUCCCUCCCUGGGCCAUCGUCAUCAUCUUGUGCCUCUUGAUUGCCGUUUUCACUGAAUGCACAAGUAAUGUGGCCACAGCAACCCUCUUCCUCCCAGUUCUUGCUUCUAUGUCUCAGUCCAUUGGAAUGAACCCUCUGUAUGUCAUGGUUCCGUGCACACUUAGCGCUUCCUUUGCGUUCAUGUUACCUGUGGCAACUCCUCCAAAUGCUAUUGUCUUCUCCUAUGGCUACCUCAAGGUUUCAGAUAUGGCAAAAACAGGCAUGAUGAUGAAUGUCAUAGGGAUUCUCUGCAUCACUCUAGCCAUCAACACCUGGGGCAAGGCAAUGUUCAGUUUAGACUCCUUUCCUGCAUGGGCCAACCAAACAGUAAUAUAAAGGACAGUACAAGGCCAUAUGGAAACUAACAAGCUGUUCUUUCUUCCCAUCAUCCUCACAAAUCAAGCUGUCAAGCCAAGCUGCAAAGACUGAAAUCUUGCAAGUUUUGCCAAAUUAUGUUGCACACCUUUUGCCUGAAUUUCGGAACAGCUAAAAUAUACAAACAUGUACAUGGUAAAGUCACAAUAUGAGUAGGCUAUACCUGUUUAUAAAAAGGAUUUAGUCAUUCAUAGUAAAAGAGCUAAGCAGUGGAAUUUUUCAUCUUGACCAAAUGAGUUUAAAUUCUGAUAACUGCAUCAGCCGCAUAAUAUUUGUAAGACAGAAAUGAUUAUUGCAUACAUUUUGCAUGUGUGUGCUCCACUAUCAAGAAAACAGCAGUGUCAUGGUUUGGGGUUGGUUUGCUUUUGACCAAGUCACGGCAAGUUCAACUAGUGCUUUCAUAUAAAAUGGUAUGCUAAUCUGACAGGAUCAAAACUAGUCCCUUCUUCAGCUAAAUAAUAACCCAUAAAAAAACCCUAAGUUGUUGAGGUUCAUUCUAAUGACCAGUCCCCAAACCUCAAUCCCUUUGAACUUCUAAGAGAUAAACUGAACUGAGAAGUCAAAGCAAAACUGACCACAAGUUCCUCACUUCUCAGGGUAUUUAAUUUGCAAUGCUGUGCCCUAUUUAGACUUGAAUUGAGAGUGCCUUUUAAAUUCCAGUUAAAUUCCUGAAUUUGAAAUGAAUGUGAUCGAAGUAGCAAACAGGAUGUAUCAUUGUAAUUGGAUUUUGAAUUUGAAUUGGGGUGUGGCCAUUUCAAUUCACAUUCCAGCUCAUGAAUUUAAAGCAAGUCUAUAAAUUAGUCUUAAAUUCUUAAAAAAAAGUCUUAAAUUCUGAAUUUUGCCAACCAUGUGAAACAGGAAGACAGAUCAGGCAAUUUCCGACUUUCAAUGAAGCAAAUACCUCAUGGUUGUGAUCCUGUACAUUAUAUUAAAUCAUGUUCUGUGUCACUGAUGACUACACUGGAAAAGUACAAUUUAAAAAAGUUAAGCAUGUCCCUUGCCUUGGGUGUAGUUGGGAUUAACAGUUUACAGGUGACAUCACAUCAACUGACCUGUAUUUUGCAGUGAAUUUCUCAAGAGCUUUGUUCCAUAGGUGUUGGGCAGUCAGACCCUUGCUUUUAUUAUUUAUGUAGCUGUAAUUUAAAUGAGAAUAUACACAUAUUUAACUUUAAUACUGUAAAUCAUAUAAAUUAAUGCUUUUUAAAUUUCCUGUGGUCAAUUUUUUCAUAUACUGUAUAUUUAUAUACAUAUAAAUCCACUUUAAUACAAUCAGUACCUACUGUACCAAUACCAUCUAAAGUACUUGACAUUUUUUAAGUUAAAAACUAUGCACAUUUUUAAAUGAGUGUGACCUCAGUGUGUGUGCAGGGACAGUGUUUCAGAAUACACCUUAUAAAUGUACAUUCCAGUGUGAGGUGUGAUUAAUCUAUACACUGUAUCCCAUUGUGUUUGAUUGCAUACUGUUGCUGAAUUGUUCAGUUUGAGUGAACCGGUAGACUGAAUUUAUUUGUAAAGAAUUAUUUUCUUUUUUUUUUUUUUACUUUUAAAUUUUGGGGACAUAUUAAUAUUUUUACAUUUGUUUAUGGCAGCCAUGCACUUACUGCAUAGGGAAUUAAAGAUGAAUGUUCCCUCACACUGCUGUUUUGUUGUGCAAAAGGAAAGGGGGAUUUAAUUGAAUAAAACUUUAUAAAUAUAAAAAUCCUAGUUUUCAUCAUGAUUGAGAUCAUAACUUUGGUUGCACUUUAUUUUAAAGUAUGUGCACUUUUAGUAUUCUUACAGUGUACUUACCCAGGAAAUUACUGAGUAGUAUUAGUAAUUACAUGUACAUAAUAUGGGUUAAGGUUAGGGAUAGGGUUAGGUUCAGGGUUAGUACCAAGUAAUUACUAUAGUUGUUGUAAUUAUAUAGUAUGUAAAUGUAUAACAGUUUUCUGUCUAUUGUAUAUAAUGUAAUGUUAUUAUUUAAUUAUAUACAUCUCAUAUAUCUCAUACAUCUCAAUUAUAUACACUACCGGUCAAAAGUUUUGAAACACUCAUUCUUUAUUAUCAUUUUUUUUUCUUUCUUUUUUUUUUUCUUCUUUUUUUUUUCACAUUUUAGAAUAAUAGUAAAGUCAUCAAAACUAUGGAAUAACAUAAAUGGAACUAUGGGGAUUAUGUUGUGACUAAACAAAACUGUGUUAUAUUUUAGCAUCUUCAAAGUAGUCACCCUUUGCCUAGAAUUUGCAGACAUGUACUCUUGACAUUUUCUCAACAAACUUCUUGAGGUAUCACCCUGGGAUGUGCUUUUUAAACAGUAUUGAAGGAGUUCCCAUCUAUGUUGGACACUUAUUGGCUGCUUUUCUUUAUUAUUUGGUCCAAGUCAUCAAUUUCAAAAA